UGACAGCAGCCGACGUCACAUGCGUUUCUAACUGCGCACUCGGGUGGCAGCCUGCAUUCCCGUUAUCGUACGCAUUUCCAUCUAUUAGUUUUCUUACAUAAGUAACCGGACUGCAUUCAAAGGCAACCAUUACAGUGCAUUAAAUGCAGGAUUUGGCAAACAUGGCGGCCGAACCUGAAUUUGACGAAGAAGACGAGCCUUCGUUCAGCGACCCGGAGGAUUUUGUGGAUGACAUCGAUGAUGAAGAGUUGUUGGAGGACGUUUUGCGAGAGAGACCUCUGGAAGCUGAUGGGAUAGAUUCAGUGGUGGUGGUGGACAAUGUUCCCCAGGUGGGCCCUGAACGUCUGGAAAAACUAAAAAAUGUGAUCCAUAAAAUCUUCUCAAAGUUUGGAAAAAUCACUAAUGAGUUUUACCCUGAUGCUGCUGGUACCACCAAAGGGUAUAUAUUUUUGGAGUAUGCAUCACCUAUCCAAGCUCUCGAAGCAGUAAAAAAUGCAGAUGGUUACAAACUGGACAAACAGCACACAUUCAGAGUCAAUCUGUUUACUGAUUUCGAUAAGUACAUGAACAUCAAUGACCAGUGGGAAACACCUGAAAAACAACCGUUUAAAGAUUUUGGUAAUAUGAGACACUGGCUGGAAGAUCCAGAUUGUCGUGAUCAGUAUAGUGUAAUUUAUGAAUCGGGAGAGCGAACGGCCAUAUUUUCCAAUGAUGCAAAGGAGCCAAUAUUGGUUGAGGAACGAGCUCGGUGGACGGAGACUUACGUCCGCUGGUCACCCAAAGGCACGUACCUGGCCACCUUCCACCAACGGGGAAUUGCAUUGUGGGGUGGAGAAAAGUUUAAGCAGAUACAGAGAUUCAGCCACCAGGGUGUAUCGCUCAUUGAUUUCUCCCCGUGUGAGAGGUAUGUGGUGACCUUCAGCCCAUUGAUGGAUACCAAAGAAGACCCUCAAGCCAUCAUCAUUUGGGAUAUUUUGACGGGACAGAAGAAACGUGGCUUCCAUUGUGAGAGUUCAGCACACUGGCCUAUUUUUAAGUGGAGUCAGGAUGGAAAGUUUUUUGCCAGAAUGACACAAGACACUCUUAGUAUCUAUGAAACACCUUCGAUGGGUCUGCUAGAUAAGAAGAGUUUGAAAAUAACUGGAAUAAAAGAUUUCUCUUGGUCACCUGGGGACAACAUCAUUGCCUUCUGGGUCCCGGAAGACAAGGACAUUCCGGCGAGGGUCACACUGAUGCAGUUCCCAUCCCGUCUGGAGAUUCGGGUUCGGAAUCUCUUCAACGUGGUGGACUGCAAACUACACUGGCAACGGCAGGGUGACUACCUGUGUGUGAAAGUGGACCGAACGCCCAGAGGAACACAGGGUGUCGUCACUAACUUUGAGAUUUUCCGCAUGAGAGAGAAGCAGGUUCCUGUGGAUGUGGUGGAGAUGAAAGAGAGCAUCAUUGCAUUUGCCUGGGAGCCUAAUGGAAGCAAGUUUGCUGUGCUACAUGGAGAAUCGCCCAGAAUAAACGCCUCCUUCUAUCACGUCAAAAGCAACGGCAAGAUAGAACUUAUCAAGAUGUUUGAUAAGCAGCAGGCCAACAGCAUCUUCUGGAGUCCUCAGGGUCAGUUCAUGGUGCUGGCAGGACUACGCAGUAUGAACGGCGCGCUUACGUUUGUGGACACUUCAGAUUGUACCGUUAUGAGUUUCGCUGAGCAUUACAUGGCAUCCGAUGUGGAAUGGGACCCUACAGGCAGAUAUGUGGUUACUUCUGUCUCCUGGUGGAGCCAUAAGGUGGACAAUGCGUACUGGCUUUGGACGUUCCAGGGUCGGCUCUUGCAAAAGAACAACAAAGACAGAUUCUGCCAGUUGCUAUGGCGACCGCGUCCUCCUUCUUUACUCAGUCAAGAGCAAAUAAAGGCAAUAAAGAAGGACUUGAAGAAAUACUCAAAGAUCUUUGAGCAAAAGGACAGACUGAGUCAGUCUAAAGCUUCCAAGGAGUUGGUAGACAAACGUCGACUGAUGAUGGAAGAUUACAGGAGGUACAGAGAUAAUGCCAUUCAGCUUUAUAACCAACAGAGAGAUCUGCGCAUCCAGCUUAGAGGAGGUGUGGACACGGAUGAGCUGGACAGUAAUGUGGAAGAAGAGGAAACCAUUGAGUUCUUCAUUAAUGAAGAAAUUAUUCUUCUGGGAGACAUAGAGUAAGGUCUACAGGGAAAGCAGUCUUGUUUUCAACUACAGUGCAUAAAGCGCCCCGGGUCCAUUACAAGUGUUUUAUAUGAGUAUCAUGCCGAUUAACAGUAUAUUCCUACAGAAAAGUGAUGCAGUUUGAUUUUAAUGUGAAACCCAGGGCUCUUAUUCUGUUUAAAUGUCCAUUCAUACAUUCAUCAAACUCAUGAAACAAACUCCAUUUAUAUACAGAAAUAAUCGGCAGUGAUUAGAAAGAACGGUACCGUUCUGUAGUGUACGAUUUUUCAAAAGGAAAUGUCUAAAAUGUAGGAAGUUUUUUUGUACAGUGGGUUUGUGUUUUAUGUAAAAUUUUGUUAUAGGGAUUUUUUUAUACUGUUUCUCUUUUCUCCAACAUUCCAGAGGAACUAUGUGUAGAUAACAUUUUGAUGUUCCCAAGUGUUUCAGUAUCAUGAGGCAUGAAGUCAAUCAUGAUAUUUAGAAGUCCCAAAUUCAAGCUGCUUGUAAUUUAAAUAAUUUAUAAAUUAAG